AUCAAACCUUAACUGUGUUUGCGCCCCCCCCCCACCUACCCCCCCUUUCUCUUCCUUUCUCUCGUUCUCUCUCUCUACUGUAUUAUUCAUUACAGUGUCACAUGGUGUGGGGUUUACAUCAUCUUUUCCCAAAAGAGAGAUGCAAUGGUUAACUCUUGAAUCUCUCCAGUCUGGUUUGAUCCAAAGGAGUCUUUUGUUGUACGGGUGUUCUGGGACGUUGUGUUGUCGUCUGCUAUAUUUUAACAAGUACAAAUAUGCAUUUUGUAUUAUUCUUUAAAUAUAAUCACCCCGCUGGCAUGGGAUGGGAAAUACUUGCAAUGAUAUCCAGAACAAUUGCCAGUUGUGGCCACACAAUCAUACACCAUCCAUGAGAAUUGCCGCGUCUAUGAUAAAACUGCGGAAUUAAAAAAUUGCGGAACUUCAGUACAGCAGCGCGUUGUCUCUCCUCGGACUGUUUAUAGAGAAGGACAUGUGCAAAUGUUGCGUCGGUGCUAAGCUAUGGCUUCGCUUAACUGAUCUGUAUUACUAACACAUUCCCACGACACCGCUUUAUAACACUAUUUUAUCAACGAUGACUGAAAAAUAUGGCCGAGGACGAACUUGCUGCGUUCAGGGAGUGUUGGAAAGAAGAACUAACGAGUAAUAAAGAGGAUCAGCCACUUGUGUGUGCUCCUUCCUCUUCCUUGGAUGUUUGUUUUCAGGCAGGCCAGAACGACUUCAAAAAUAGGUAUUUUGAAGACCUAAACAAUCUCAGCAAGGCCUGUAGCCCUUCACAAUCAGAAGAAGGUGGUUGCAUUGAGGAUGAAGCAUGUGCUGGCGGAGGAGGAAACGCUGCAGCAGAGUCAGAGGAUCAGCCUGAGUAUGUGGCCAUUGCACGUAGUUUGCUGGAUGGGAGGACCAGUCCCCUGCUGGACAGGAUUCAGGAGGAGAGAACCAGGAGAAAGAGACAGUAUCAAAACAUGACCAACGCCUGCAGCGCAUCCCUGCAGCAGCCACAGCAGCAACAGCCUAAGAGAAAGGUCAAGAAAGACGAGGAGCUGUUGGAUCUACUCAUUCAGGAUCUGAAUGAAGUCAAUGACAUUCCCUUCUUUGAUAUUGAGCUGCCGUACGAGUUAGCCUUGAAGAUAUUCCAAUAUCUAAACUCUACUGAGCUAGGCCGAUGUGCACAGGUGAGCAGGGCAUGGAGAGUCCUCGCGGAGGACAGCGUUCUGUGGUUCAAGAUGUGCACGGGGGAGGGUUACCAUCAGGAUGCCAGCGUGUCUGACUCGCCCUGCUGGAAGAGCACGCUGCGAGACUGCAGGAACUCGGCCAAAACUGUGCGCUCCAACUGGAAGAAUCGAGUGGGAUCCAUCAGCCAGCUGCAGUUCGAGCUGGGGAAGGUGCUGUGUGACGUCAGUUCCUGUGACAACUUUGUCUUGGCUGGGUACACGUCUGGUGACGUGAGGCUGUGGGACACGCUGAACUGGGACUCGACAGCCUCUUACCUGAAGAUCAACAGCCUGUCCACUAACACUGAACCCAGACCUUAUGUUCGUUACGUCCAGGUCAACAGCACAGUGGCUGCUGCCACUUAUGAAGAUGGCUGUGUGGACCUGUGGAGCACAGAGACAGGUGGAGAGCCCCUCCUCCACUACCAGAGCACAGGGAGGAUCCAGGCCCUGGCCCUGAGCCCUGACAGUCCCGUCCUGUGCUCCGCCGCUGGGCCUGACGUUCGGCUGGACUGUGCCGACGAUCGCGGCUACUGGAGGACAGUCUGCCAGGCUCGGCUGCCCAAGACUGUGGAAAGCCUAGUUUUGGUGCCAGGCAGGGGGCAGCAGUGCCCUCUGGCGGCCCUGGUAGCUGAAGAGGCUGUGUACCUGUUGGACCCCCGGGAGGAGCGGCCACGGACGCUCCACUCAGUCUACGGUCAUCCUGUUACCUGCCUGGAUGCCUCGGACUCCCAUGUUGCACUUGGAGUGAAGCGUACAGGCUGGGCCAUGUACGAUGGAGGAAACAAGAUCCACGUCUACAGCUUAGAGACGGGCAAACCUGUGGCUUGUGUCGGCGACUCGCUGGGAGAUUUCACUUGCAUCAACCUGAGAGACAGCCCUCCUCACCUGCUGGUGUGUGGAAACAAAGACAGGAGGUUUCCCACAGUGGCACCAGAUGAAGGAAGCAGGGAAACUGGGGCUACAGUACUCGCAGUGGAGAACAGGUGUUAAGAAAGUGUGUGAGAAGACCUAAGGCUCUAUUCAAUUUUUGCAUUAGUCACACUUCACACAGUCUCUCUGUUGCCUUGAUAAAACAAUGCGUAGUAAACAAGUAGACUGAGGCAUUGACACACGCAGGUGUUUUUGCUCUUUGUGUUGAAUACAUAGGUCUAUCUAUACGAGAAAAGAAUCUGGCCAUCUUUAUCUCAUCCAGCAACAACACACAUCCAUGCAUGUACACACACUUGCCACAUCGCUAUCCUGGCUCUCCAGAUGAGGACAGACACAUAAAAGAGCCAUUCUCAUCUAUUUUGCACUUGUUAGCGGGUGCUGCGGUGCAUGAGCUGGCAGGAAAAGAAAAAUCCUUGGCGCAUCUUCAUCCAAAGCUGCCCCUGCUGUUUCUAUUCAGCACUAAAUCCAUCUGGCUGUUAAGUAGUUGGCUUGAAUCAAAAGACAGACCACAUCAUAUUGUUUAGGUGUUGUUAUGACUCCUAUCAACUGUACACAAAAAAUGCUCCGUUAAAGAUGGUUUGGUUACACUUUACUUGAAGGUAUCUACAUAAGAGUAACAUGACAUUGUCAUGAAUGUGUCAUACAAAUUAUAAACAAGUCCUAAAUGUUUGACAUACGCUUUGUGUCAUUCGGUUUUUGUCAUGACAAGUUAUGGUUAGGGUUAGGGUUCAUGUGUCAUGACAGUGUCAUGUCACUCUUAAGUAGAUACCUUCAAGUAAAGUGUUACCGCUAUUUUUUUUCAAGUGCAAUACGGGAAAUGUUCAGCACUGUUUUGAUUGAAAAAUUGAAAUGGUUUUCUCGCUAUGGCAUUGUUAGAGUCUUUAUCCAAUUCCUUUUUGUAUUACUUUUGAUGUCUGAUGUGUAGUUUUGUUCAGAGGGACUCACACACCAGCUUGGCUCUUCCACUUUGGCCCCAGCUGAUGCAGCGCACAGUCAAAGACAAAUGGUGGAGGCUGAGGGAUAGUGGGCAAUCUUGGCCCUCCGACAGGGUGGCUUAAAGCCAAAGCCUAAUGAAUCCCUUCUUUUUGUCCAAAUGAGUUUUGUCCCUCUGUUUUUUGCGAGAUCCAGGGAGCAAAUGGAGGGCUGUCUGGGGAAAAAAAGCCACAACUGUGCCAACAGGAAAGAUGUGGGCAAAGAGCAAAAUUGUAAGAAAUAGUGAGUGGCAUACCUGCUGUGGUUAUUGGUCACUUAUCAUUAUGCAGGAGUGCCCUCGAGAACACUUGCAGUCUUGGAUUUGACUCGACUUUUCCUUCCAAUUCAAAAACUUUAAAUUACUUCAAAUUGAUUUUUAGUCACACUAGUAACAUGGCUCUACGGAUGGCAAUGUUGAUCUGUUGGUCAGGGUCCACCACUUUGGGCCAAAAUAAAAUUUCUCAAAAACGAUGCCAUGGAUAUUGUAAUUUUGAACAGACUUUCAUGGUCCUCUGAUCACUUGAUGAUCACUUGACACUUCGCUUAUCCAGUGAAAAAUUGCAACAGCUACUAAAUGUUUCAGCACAAACAUGUGUACAGCUAUCAUGUUUCCUAGACGAUGGAUUCUAAUGAGGUGAUCUUCUGAGUUUUCCUAUAGAUUCACCACGUAACUCACAUUUGGGAUUUUGAGUAAAAAGUCUCCACAACUAUAGGAUGGAUCACAAUGACAUUUUGUCCAAAGAUUCUUCUUCUUCUCCUCAGGAUGAAAUUAACUCACUUUAGGAUGGUGAUGGUGCAGUGGAUAUGACACGUGCCUUUGGUGUGGGAGAUCUGGGUUCAAUUCCCACUGUGAUAC